CUAGGAUGAUAAGACAAAGUGAAUGUCGUGCAGUGUGUGCACCUUGCCACUCCUCCUAACUACACACUGAAAGAGAUCCUCUUGCCUAGGAGCCUUUCAGAUAUUAUGCGAAUUGUGAAAAUGGUUGUGUCUGUUGUGUGGUGAAACAGGGAUAGGACGGCAAAUCAAUUUUUGUCUUUACAAUAUUUAACAAUGGAUGAAAAGAUUGAUCAUCAAUGGUAGAAGACGAAGAGAUGAGCAACUGGCAAGGCUUGUAGCAGAGCUGGGUUUCCUUCCCCAUGAUACAGCAGUGGAUCUGGCGGUAGAUGAGAGGUCGUCACCAUGCCCCCAGUGGAGUAUGGGAUGCUGGGUGAGUGGGAGAAGGAGGGUGACCUGGAGAUCAUGAUGGACUUCUUGCUGCCCACUGGGAUCUUCCUGAAGUUCUCUGUAUCUCACAACGACACCAUUGGGGCCAUCAAGAAAAUGGUGUGGAGUAAUGCCAGCAAUGAACCUCUCUAUGGAGCACUGAGUGACAUGGACGCUUAUGUGUUCACCUGCAUCAACUCGACAGCAGAACGUGAGGAGCUGGAGGAUGAGACCCGGCGUCUUUGUGACGUCAGGCCUUUCAUGCCGGUCCUUAGGCUGGUGGCCCGGGAGGGUGACCGCGUGGAGAAACUCACCAACACCCAGAUUAGCCUUCUGAUUGGCAAAGGUCUGCAUGAAUUUGACUCCCAGAAGAACCACGAGGUGAAUGAGUUCCGGGCCAAGAUGCGUUCCUUCUGUGAAGAAAGAGCCCUGGAACGCCAACAACUGCCAUGGUACCAGUGGAUGGAGUACAGCUUCCCAUGUGAAUUAGAGCCAUGUGUUUUACUGGCAGAGCCUGGAGGCAUUAAGACAAAAUGCAAGAAGAUUUUUGUCAAUGUAAAGUUUGAGGCCAGUGAUGAAAGCUUCAUGCUACAGCAUGAACCCCAGGACUUGCCGGUAACUCUGAUGCGGAGUGCCCUUAAGAAGAAGGCCACUGUGUUUCGUUCCGUGCAUCAGGAGAAACCUGAGGACUACACAUUACAAGUCAACGGGAGAUGGGAGUUUAUCUAUGGGAAAUACCCUCUGUGCCAGUUCAAAUAUAUCUUCUCCUGUAUGAGAGGAGGUCAAACCCCACACCUGACCAUGGUUCAUCAUACCACCAUUGUUAAAUAUCAGGAGGAGCAGGGCAGACUGGCCAGCCAGGUGUCGAGGUGUCGCUCCUUGUCCAAGCCUCCUCCUCUACCCCUGAAAAAGCAGAACACUUCCUCUUUGUGGUCCAUCGAAGAGCCUUUCAACAUUCACCUGAUACAAGGCAACCGAGUCAAUGCAGAUGAAGGAAUGAAGCUGAUGGUCCAGGCGGGUCUGUUCCAUGGUAGUGAGAUGCUGUGUAAGGUGGUGACCAGCGGGGAGGUCAACGUGUGCUCAGAGCCCCUGUGGGACCAGAAGUUGGUGUUCGACAUCAACGUGAGCGACCUGCCUCGUAUGAGCCGCCUGUGCUUUGCUCUCUAUGCCGUCAUCGAGAAGAACAAGAAGCCUCGCUCAACUAAAAAGAAGAACAAGAAAGCUGACUGUCCACUAGCCUGGGUUAAUACUAUGGUGUUUGACUAUAAGGAUCAGCUGAAGACUGGGGAGUUCUUACUUUCCACCUGGCCUUCAGUCCCUGAUGAUAAAGGCGACCUCUUGAAUCCAAUGGGUACCGUGGAGAAAAACCCCAACAUUGAUAGUGCACCAGGACUCCUCAUUCGCUUUCCCAAUAUCAGACCUUACCCCCUCUACUACCCCCCACUGGAGAAGAUGAGUGAACUAGAAAGAAAAGGAGAGAAGUUGAAAGCCACUAAAGAGGAGCACAUGAAGCUAAUGGAAAUAGUGGACAAUAAAAACUACACAGAGUUCUUUGAGGACGAUAAAGAGCUUCUAUGGAAUCUACGCGGUGUGGUGCGACAGCGCUACCCAGAGAGUCUGUCAAAACUUCUCCUCAUCACAAAAUGGAAUAAGCGUGAGGAUGUAGCGCAGAUGGUGGAUUUACUGCACAAAUGGCCAGAACUCCCUGCCCUCCAUGCCUUGGAGCUCUUGGACUACUGUUUCCCAGACCCAAGGGUCCGCUCUUUCACCAUUAGAUGCCUGAGGAAGCUGAGUGAUGAGGAGCUUCUGCAGUACUUGCUUCAGUUGGUUCAGGUUCUCAAGUAUGAGUCUUAUCUGGACUGUGACCUAACUACUUUCUUACUAGAGAGAGCCCUUGCCAACAAGAGGAUUGGCCACUUCCUCUUCUGGCAUCUCAGAUCAGAAAUGCACGUAUCCUCAGUCAGUCUGCGCUUCGGCCUGAUUUUAGAGGCGUACUGCAGGGGCAACAUCUGUCACAUCAAGAGCUUAUGGAAACAGAAUGAGGCUCUGAACAAGAUGAAGGCUGUGAAUGAUUUUGUAAAGUCAGGAUGGCAGAAGACGUCACGCCAGCAGAUGACAGAUGACAUGAAGUUGUGCAUCAAACAGGAGGCCUACAUCUGGGCCCUCUCAAACCUGCUCUCCCCGCUAAACCCAAGCAUCAUUCUCUCUGAAAUCUGUGCGGACAGAUGCAAAUUCAUGGACUCCAAGAUGAAGCCCCUGUGGCUCAUGUACAAGAACAAGUGUGUCCAAGGGGAGGCUGCAGGGAUAAUCUUCAAGAAUGGAGAUGAUCUCCGACAAGACAUGUUGACCCUACAAAUGAUCCAGCUGAUGGAAAACCUUUGGAAGAAAGAGGGUCUGGACCUCAGGAUGAUCCCCUAUGGCUGCCUCUCCACCGGAAACAAGACGGGCCUAAUCGAGGUGGUGAAGAAUUCAGAGACCAUUGCAAACAUCCAGCGCAACAACAGUAACAGUGCUGCCACUGCUGCCUUCAACAAAGAUGCCCUGCUCAACUGGCUUAAAUCCAAGAACCCAGAAGAUAAACUUGAUAAUGCUAUUGAAGAAUUCACUUUAUCCUGUGCUGGCUACUGUGUAGCCACUUAUGUGUUGGGUAUCGGAGAUCGCCACAACGACAAUAUCAUGAUCAAGGAGACUGGGCAGCUGUUCCACAUUGACUUUGGGCACUUUCUGGGGAACUUCAAGAGCAAAUUUGGGAUCAACAGGGAACGUGUGCCUUUUAUUCUGACUUACGACUUUGUCCACGUCAUCCAACAAGGGAGGACCAACAACAGUGAGAAGUUUGAAAGGUUUAGGGCGUACUGUGAGCAGGCCUACAAGAUUUUAUGUCGCAACGGGACUCUGUUUGUAAACCUGUUUGCAAUGAUGAAAGCAGCCGGAUUGCCUGAGCUAAGCUCCUUUAAGGAUAUCCAGUACUUAAAGGACUCAUUAGCUUUGGGGAAAUCAGAGGAAGAAGCACUGAAGAAUUUCAAAGUGAAGUUUAACGAAGCUCUGAGGGAGAGCUGGAAGACCAAAGUGAACUGGAUGAUGCACUCUCUAGCCAAAGAUAGCAGACUUUAAAUAAAAGUCAAUGCCUGAACAUUCCAAAGCUUAACACCCCUGAUUUUACUAACUGAGUGUUCAGCUUAUGGAGGCAAAUGGAAUAAAAAUAUACAGGAGACAUUGUCUUAAAUUGACUCAAUGAAGCAUUCAACAAUGUUCUUAGAUGUUUACAACUGCUAUGUAUUCCGGCUUAUGAACUGAUGACAAACUGUACAUGUUGCAUUUGUGAACAGCCACAUUUUGUAAAGAGUAAUUAACAUUGUUACUAUAUCAUACAGCAUUGAAUAUAUAAAUGCAAUUUGCAUCCAUUUAAGGUCAACCAGAUCUUAAAUGGAUUGCAUAACCAUUUGUUGGACUUUCACAUUUUGUUGUGUUACAAAGUGUGAAAGAUAUUCAGUUGAACAACUGCCCCAAAAUAUUUGUCAAAUAAAAAAAAACUUUAAUAACAUUAAUAGAAAAUAAAACACUAAUAUAUUUUAAUUUACUAUCCUCAGUCAGUACACAUUAGAAACAUUUUGGUCAGGGACUGAAUUGUGUUUUCUUAGGUAAGUCUCUAAGAGCUCUAGUGAUAUUUGAUGCUUUUGAAAUAUUGCCAUACAUCAAAACUGUAACCAGUCUAACCACUCAGAAACAUGCCUUCUCUUGGAUUUUUCCUGUGCUUAUCUGCAAAUCAGUUCUUUUUAUCAGAAAAACACUCCAGUCUUUAUCGAAGUAAUGCACUCAAACACCAUGAUGCAGCCAGCACUAAGUUUUUGAUUUGUCUCAAAUGUACAGCUUUGCAUUUAAGCCAAAGUGUGUUCCUUUCGCACGUUUUAUAUUCUUCUCAGUAAUUCAAUGCUUUAUUGCAUAUAGGAUGCAUGCUUUCUUUUUAUUUAUUGUUCCUCUAUAGUAUUUGUUUGUGUUUAUUUAACUUAAUGUGGUAGCACGGUCCUCACAACAAUUGAACUCUGUUGCUGUUUUAAAAUCACCAAUGGCUUAACAAUUACAUUCUUUAAGCGAGCCACAUGCUUACUUGUCUUCCCGAAGCUCAGUGGGACAACCAAAUCUUUGAUGUGCCUGGUUGUUUUUUGGUAUCCCAUACUCCAGUUACUGCAAUUCUUUGAGACAUCUGUUUGUUGUUUUCAAUCUGUGCUAGAAAUUCAAUAUUUAGAUUUUUAUGUAUGGACAGAGAAAGGGGUCAUAAUUUAACAAUGCAUGUAAAUUAAUCUUGUUUCCCAAAGAGUAUGCUCAUGUAACUUAUGUGGUUUUGGAAUGUUACAUUUUCCUAAAGAAAGUAGGUAAAUAAUUAUAUUUUAAUUAUUAUUUUUUAUUAUUCAGAAAUGUGUCUUUAUUUUCACUUUUACAUUGUUGAAUAUUUUGUGUAGAUAAAUGGCAAACAAACUGUUAAAUACAUUUCAAUCUCAGUUUGUAACACAACAAAUGUGAAAAGGUGCAAAUGGAUUAUUAAAUAUGCAAUCCACUGUGACCGAACAUGAAUAACUAACAGUGUGACAAUAAUCACAAACCAUGUUUAACUUGUUUGCAUUGAUUAUGCUAAAAUGUCUAGGCCAGAGAGAGUACAAAAGAAACACCUCAAAAGUGUCAUGUAUUUUAUAUUAAUGGUUUUAUAUGUUUUAUUUUGAUUGUUUUUAUUGAAAUAUAUAUUCU